AUGAAAUUUCAUGCUAUUGAUGUCAAUAAAAAUUUAAAUCAAAAUAAUAAUACAACAUUAAAAGUUAAUAAAAAGGGUUGUGAAUCAUUGAUAAAUCAAAUUUUAUUAACAAUAAGAUUUUUUUUUAUUUAUAUUUUUUUAUUUUUAACAAAGGAUAUACCAAGAUUUUUUUUUAUUCAAAAAAAAGAUAUUCAUGAUCAGAUUGUUCUUAUAACUGGUGGUGCAAUGGGAAUUGGAAAAAGUUUAGCUAAAAAAAUGGCAAUUAAUGAAAAAUGUAAAGUAAUAAUAUUAGAUAUUAAUGAAAAAGAAGGAUUGAAAACACAGAAAGAAAUUACAACAUGUGGAGGUAAAACAUACUUCUACAAAUGUAAUGUAACAAAUAGUGAAGAUUUAAGUGUAAUAAAAAAAGAUAUUUUAAAAAACCCUGAUUUAGGAAGAAUAGAUAUUUUAAUAUGUAAUGCUGCAAUUUUAAAAAUUGGAGAAUUAAAAGAUCUUACAGAAAAUGAUUAUAAAUUAAAUAAUGAUGUAAAUAUUUUAGGAUACAUAUUAACAACAAAAAUAUUUAUAAAAGAAAUGAUGGAAAUAAAUAAGGGUCAGAUAGUUUUUAUCGGUUCAAUAUGUUCUUUUUAUGGAGAUUAUUGUGGGACCGCAUAUUGUACAGCAAAAUUUGCUAUUCGUGGAUUUUUAGAAUCUCUAAGAGUUGAAUUAUUAGAAGGUGGAUACGAUAAUAUUAUUACAACAAUUAUUCAUCCAUAUUUUGUUAAAACAUCACUUGUUACAGAUCAAAUUAAAGAUCCUUAUAGCACAUUUUUUGAUGUUGUUUCUGUAGAAGAAUGUGUUGAAAAAACAAUAGAUGGAAUAUUAAAAGAAAGAGUUGAAGUAUUUAUUCCUGGACGUUUAUCAAUAUUAUGUUAUCAUUUAAAAUGCCUUCAAACAGUUAGUGUUUUUAAAGAAGCUAUUAAAUUCUUUAACUUUAAGCACGACCCACUUUAA